CGCCGCCAUUUUGCUCUCACUUCCGUGUCUGUAUCUGAGUUGAACUUCUGUAAAGUUUUAACAUAAAAACGUGAAUUAUGGCGGGACGCAUGCCUGCUGUUGUCCUUGAUAAUGGCACAGGGUACACCAAGAUGGGUUAUGCUGGGAAUACAGAACCACAAUACAUAAUACCAUCAGCUAUUGCAGUAAAGGAGUCGGCUAAAAUCGGGGAUCAGAGACGUUUAGGCCGUGGUGUUGAAGAUUUAGACUUCUAUAUUGGUGAUGAAGCAGUUGAUAGACCUAAUUAUGCUACCAAGUACCCAAUUCGGCACGGUAUUGUGGAAGAUUGGGACUUGAUGGAAAGGUUCUAUGAACAAGCGAUUUUUAAAUAUUUGAGAGCGGAACCAGAAGAUCAUUACUUUCUAUUGACUGAGCCUCCAUUGAACACACCAGAGAAUCGUGAAUAUACUGCUGAAAUAAUGUUUGAAUCUUUCAAUGUUCCAGGUCUUUAUAUUGCUGUACAGGCUGUUUUAGCAUUGGCAGCGUCAUGGACUUCCAGACAGGUUGGAGAGCGUACAUUAACAGGGACUGUCAUUGACAGCGGUGAUGGAGUCACUCAUGUUAUACCGGUGGCUGAAGGCUACGUUAUUGGCAGUUGUAUUAAACACAUACCAAUUGCUGGUAGAGAUAUCACAUACUUCAUUCAACAGUUACUACGAGAAAGAGAAGUUGGUAUUCCACCUGAACAAUCACUAGAAACUGCAAAAGUUAUUAAAGAGCGCUGGGGAUACAUUUGUCCCGAUAUUGUUAAGGAAUUUGCCAAGUACGAUACAGACCCUGGAAAAUGGAUUAAAAAAUAUGAAGGUGUCAACUCCAUUACAAAGCAGUUAUACUCAGUUGAUGUCGGGUAUGAACGAUUUCUAGGACCGGAAAUAUUCUUUCAUCCUGAGUUUGCCAAUGCUGAGUAUACAACCUCUAUAUCGGAUGUUGUUGAUGAUGUCAUACAGAACUGUCCUAUUGAUGUAAGAAGACCACUAUAUAAGAAUGUUGUGCUGUCUGGAGGUUCUACAAUGUUCCGUGAUUUUGGUCGUAAGCUUCAACGUGAUGUAAGGCGUGUUGUUGACAAUAGACUGAAAAUUAGUGAACAGCUUAGUGGCGGUAGAAUAAAGCCUAAACCAAUAGAAGUGCAAGUUAUAACACAUCAUAUGCAAAGGUAUGCAGUGUGGUUUGGCGGCAGCAUGCUGGCUUCUACACCUGAAUUUUAUCAAGUAUGUCACACCAAGGCGGACUAUGAUGAACAUGGCCCUAGUAUUUGCAGACAUAACCCAGUGUUUGGUACUAUGACAUAAAAAACAUGGGAACAAGUGGUGGCAACUUAUUAUAAUCUCUUUUUAUUACGGUACAUUUAAUGAAAAUUGGAUGUACAGUUGGUUUCUCUAUCCUCACUGUAUUGAAGUUUUGACUUUUGAUUACAAAGUGCAAAGUACUGCAGAUAAUGCAGUUACGAAUACACCCAUAGUUUAUCAAUCAAUUAGGUCAAAAUUUUUGUAACAGUUAUAGAAAUAUAAUUACAAGUACAUAUAAUAUUCAGUUCAAUUACUACAGUAAUUUGUUGGUUGUCCGACACUGGUUCAUGUGUAAUACAACUUGAAUCAAACAAAUACAAUUUUUUUUCUAAAUUCGACAGUAUUCCGGAUCUCAAAUUUGCAAUGUACAUUUGAUCUGUGUACCAUAGCCUCAACACUGUAAUAUGGAUAUUUGGAAAACUAUAACAAAACUAGCCGUGAAUUAGAAUAAUUUUAUUACAAAAAUCUUCAUACAAAAUGCAAUACAAAAGUAUCAUAAGCAUCUCUGAUGUAUGACUUUAAUGUUUUACUCCUGUAGCAUUGAUUCAACAUAGUUUGAUCUGGGCUUUUAAAUGAAGGAUUCUGUUUUCUCGGGCUCUCUUAUGAAAUUAUUUUGUAGUGGAAAGUAUCAUAUUUGUGUGAUUCCCAUCAGAAAAUCGCACAACUUCAAUCCAAGUGAAAGUGCCACACCUAUCAAGAUAGAUAUUCUACUGUGAUUGUAUUAAUUAUUCACUGGGUUUCAAUUUUUUAUUUUCACUGAGAAAGGUAAUCCCCACUACCGGUAAUAAAAAUUUAUGUAUGAUUAAUGAGACCACGAUUUCUAAUGUUUAUAAAAUUAGAUGCCAAUGAAUUCUUUUACAGUAUUUUGUUCACAUAGCAGUGUGAUGGGAGCGACACCGUAGGCAAACAGUACAUCUUUUUAAGCCAAAUCUAAAUUAUGUUUUUCCUGAUUGAUAAAAAUUAUUGUAAAGCAGUACAACACAGUACAAUACUUAUUAGCACAGUUGUUUGGUAAAUGAUUAUUUAUGACUAAACUGUGAACUCUACAUAAGUGACCCUGGGUAAUUAUGCUUCUAAACCUUUUCUCGUGAAAUUAGGACGCUUCAAUAAAUGGGUUAAAUCAAUUCCAAAUCCUUUUCAUGCAUGUAUAAAUUUCUGCAUACACAUUCAGAAUCAUAAGAUGAAGGCUUGCAACUUUAUUUUCUAUCAGCGUACACACAAAUGUACUUAUUAUACUGUAAAAUACUUUAUUAUUGCUGAAGGAAUAAUUCAGUGAAAAUAAAAUCCAGCAAAUAUAUAUUUUACAUUCAACUCGUCAAAAAAUCAGUAAAUUCCAUAUACAAAACACCCAAAAAGUUUUUUUAGCAAAAAUUAAUUCCAGCUAAUAUAAAGUACUUGACAGUAAUAAAUAUAUUUUUAUGAUCAGCAAAGAAUAUUAACAAAUCUAUUCUGUAAUCAUUUCAAAUAAAACCACUGACAGUAUAGAUCUUCAUGAUUAGGUACUGUUUGCGCCUUGAAUAUACAAUACAUUGUUCAUUGCUGUGAUAAAUAUACAUGUACGUGUCUCUGUUAAUGAAACAACUUACUGGUAACAUUGUCACCGUAGGUUAGUACCAAUGAUUAAGCAUAAUUUUGUAUCAACAUUUGCAUAAACAAAUGAGAUCAGUGUGACAGCCUCUUAAA